CAAUUAAGGCAAAAGAAUUUUCAAUUGCUAGCUUAUCGUUUAUUUUCUGUUUACUUUUUUCUAUGCUUUUUUUCUAAGGCGGAUGACAGUAAUGAAUAACAUCUGACCAAUAAAAAAAAGUAUCUUUUUCUACUGUGCCAAAACGAUCCACCUAUUUACACAUGUUGCGUUUGUUAAUUUUUAUCACAAUCUCUCUAUCCUAUAUUAUUUUUGGUCAUGCCGGAAUACAGAAUGACACAUUAUUGCCCACCGUUUUAAUAACAGUACUAAUACGAAAUAAGGCACACACUCUGCCUUAUUUUUUUGCAUAUUUAGAACAACUCGACUACCCACGCGAUAGGAUAUCCCUAUGGAUAAGGAGUGAUCAUAAUGUUGAUGAUUCUGUCAACAUAAUUAAAACAUGGCUAGAUAAAUACGAGAGUAGUUAUCAUUCCGUAGAUUCCAUUCUUGAUGAUUCCCCUGAAACCUUUCCAGAUGGAAGUGGUGUAUUUGAGUGGUCUCCCCUUCACUUUGAUCAUAUCAUCAGCUUAAAAGAGAGUGCCCUGAAAGCAGCUAGAAAAUUAUGGGCUGAUUAUAUAUUUUUCUUAGAUGCUGAUGUAUUUUUAGUGAACAAUGCUACUUUGAAACUAUUGAUUGAAGAAGAAAAGACUGUAAUUGCGCCUGUUCUUGAAACAUUGGGAGCUUAUUCUAACUAUUGGUGCGGUAUGACAGAACAGCUUAUAUGUUUUAGGAUAAGGAGUGAUCAUAAUGUUGAUGAUUCUGUCAACAUAAUUAAAACAUGGCUUGAUAAACACGAGAGUAGUUAUCAUUCCGUAGAUUCCAUUCUUGAUGAUUCCCCUGAAACCUUUCCAGAUGGAAGUGGUGUAUUUGAGUGGUCUCCCCUUCACUUUGAUCAUAUCAUCAGCUUAAAAGAGAGUGCACUGAAAGCAGCUAGAAAAUUAUGGGCUGAUUAUAUAUUCUUCAUAGAUGCUGAUGUAUUUUUAGUGAACAAUGCUACUUUGAAACUAUUGAUUGAAGAAGAAAAGACUGUAAUUGCACCUGUUCUUGAAACAUUAGGAGCUUAUUCUAACUAUUGGUGCGGUAUGACAGAACAGUUUAUUUUUUUAUUUUAUUACUGUUUACUUUACUAUAUUGUAGGUGUUAAGAUGUUUGUGACAAAUAAAGAACCUUUUGGUUAUAUGAUGACUCCUUUAGAAAAAGAAAACACCUUACAGGAUGAUCGGGAACAGCUUUUGAAUCUCAAAAUAGAGAUGCUUGUUGAACUUUCUAAAGUUGCAGUAUCGAAAAAUUUGGAACAUUUUGUUCGGAAAGAAGAGUGGAGCAAUUUAGGUUUUGAUCAGAUUUAUUUAAUAAAUUUGGAACGCCGCCCUCUCAGAAAACAAAGGAUGUUAAAUUCCCUUACUGAAAUGGGCAUUCAAGCUAAUCUUUUCAAAGCAGUCGAUGGAAAAGCACUAAAUGAUACUUUCAUACAGAAAAUGGGAAUCAAGAUGCUUCCAGAGUAUGCUGAUCCUUAUCAUAAAAGACCUCUGACAAGAGGAGAAAUUGGCUGCUUCCUUAGUCAUUAUUAUCUGUGGAAAGAUAUGAUUGAAAAACAGCACCGCACUGCUUUAGUUUUAGAAGAUGAUUUGAGAUUUGAACCCUAUUUCAGAAAAAAAGUUCAAGGGUUGUUAAAAGAAGCACAAAAAAUUGGUUUACUUUGGGAUUUAAUAUACUUAGGUCGUAAGCGACUGUCUGAAGAUGGCGAGCCUUAUGUUCAGGGCACUUCAAAUUUAGUUCAUGUUGAUUACUCUUACUGGACUCUUUGCUAUCUAAUUACUCUGGAAGGGGCCAAGAAAUUAAUAGCUGCAAAUCCUUUGCCAAAAUUAGUUCCUGUUGAUGAAUUUCUCCCUAUUAUGUUUGAUCGUCAUCCAGAGGAGUCUUGGAAAGGUUACUAUCCCAAACGAAAUUUACGAGCAUUUUCUGCUCAUCCUUUGCUAGUUUACCCAACUCAUUAUACUGGUGACAUUGACUAUAUUAGUGACACAGAAGAUUCUGAUAUAGCUGUAUCAUCCGUUAUUGUCAAAGAUGAACUUUGAAUUCUUUCUUGCUUUUUAUUGCUCAUUUAUGUUAGUUACGUGCCAUAUGUACAUGUCUAAUUAUUUUGAACCUUAUGAGCCAAAUUUAAUUUUUAUUGUCAUUUUUCUAGUCAAUAGGUCAAUUAAUUAAAAUCAUUUAAUGAAAUUAAUUUUUAAUUAGGAAUUUUGCAAUCUCGUAAUGGAUAUUUUGAUUGUGUAAAUGACUUUUUUUAUCAUCCAAUUGUAUUAAAGGAGUUCUUAAAAACAAAUAUAGCCACUUUAUGAAAAAACAACCAAUGCAUAACUGUCAACUCAACUGGAUUUUCAAAUUUUUCAUCUAAUAUAAUUAAAUAUUCUUCUACUUUUUGCAUAUUUUUAAAAAAUCCCUAAAAUUGGGAAAGUUAUGGUAAAAAGUGCCUGUGAAAUGCUUAGUGUAUUAUUUGAGUAAGCAAAUAAGUAUUACUUCUAAAUAAUGAAGUGAGUCUUACUUAAAGUUAUCAGUUUGAAGAAUUUCUUCUUUUAAAUAUUCUAAAAUUAUAAUUUUUUUUAUUCCAAAACUUUCUUCUUUUUUUUUUUUAAUUAAUGAAAAAAUAUGUUAUAAGCUUUUUGAUAUCUUUUAAUAUUCCAAAAGAGGCCAUUUUGUAUGACUGUUGAAAAAAGUUUUUCUUUGGUAAUGACAAUAUUUUAAUGUAUACCAUUUUUAAUUUUAAUUGUUAAAUAUUAAAUUUUUGUACCUACCUCAAUAAUUCAAACACAUGUAUAUAAUGUAGUUCGUUUUUUUAUUUAGUCAACUAUGGAAAUCUUGUACCUAAAAUAUUUUAAAUGCUACAAAUUAAUUACUAUGAAACUUGUGUUAUUUUGUAAAAUUUACUGGAUUUUUUUUUCUUCUUUUCAUGUUGACAGCUAUGUCUAAGUCUAUUAUUAAAAAGUUAUGUAAUUCUGUAUAGGUUUUAUACUAAACUAAAGUCAAAAUUUAAGGGAACAGCCAGAAAAAGUGCUUUUAUAUUUUCAAGACAUUUUAAAACUUAGUUCUUGACAGAUUUAAAAUUGUAUACUUGUUUCUUCAAACCUCUAAUGUGUAUUGCUAAUUCAAAUUAUUUUACUUUUACAACAUGUUGUGUUUAUUUUAUGUUUAUAUUUUUUACAUUGCAUUUGCUUUUGCAACAUAUCUGUUUCAUGUCUAUUUAAUGUUUAUUUUUUUAUUAUGAUUAUGUUAGGCAAGGAAUUUUAAUUAAUGAUUUUUUAUCUUUAUUAAUAAAUUAAAACUUAGAUUUAUUUUUCAACACAAUCCUUCAUUUGCAGUAUGCUUAGACAAAGUAGGUUUUAUAA